GCAAUGCCCAAGUGGGAGUAUGAUAAUGAGCAUGCACCCAUGCUAGGGUCUGAGGGAGGUAUUCAGGAAGCUUUGGGGAGAUACCAAACAGCGCUCGACAAGUACCGAAGACACCAACUUUUACCAAACAUGGUCAGUCCCUACCUGAUCAACAACAAGCCACCAAAGGAUGUUUGGCAGCACUUGGGUCAGUUCACCCACACUUCACAUACUUACCAUGACCACACAGGAGUGUUAUAA